AUGGCGGAGGUUUCCGGCGACGGCGCCGCGCUGUCGGUGUCGGGAUCGUUUAAGGAGGGGAGAGGCUCGGCGCGGCGCCGCGGUGGAGUGAGGCCGCCGAGCAUGGACGCCGACGAGUUCAUGAACCUGCUGCACGGUUCGGAUCCGGUGAAGGUGGAGCUCAAUCGCCUCGAGAAUGAAGUUCGAGAUAAGGACAGGGAAUUAUUGGAAGCGCAGGCUGAGAUCAAAGCCCUGAGGCUCUCUGAACGUCUCAGAGAAAAGGCUGUUGAAGAGCUGACAGAAGAACUGUCAAAGGUUGAAGGGAAGCUAAAACUAACAGAAUCUCUUCUAGAAAGCAAGAAUCUUGAGAUAAAAAGAAUCAACGAUGAAAAGAAAGCAUCAAUGGCUGCUCAAUUUGCAGCUGAAGCCACACUUAGAAGGGUCCAUGCUGCCCAGAAAGAUGAUGACAUGCCUCCAAUAGAAGCAAUUCUUGCUCCUUUGGAGGCUGAGCUCAAGCUUGCUCGACAAGAGAUUGCCAAACUUCAAGAUGAUAACAAAGCUUUAGAUCGUCUUACCAAAUCUAAAGAAGCUGCACUACUUGAGGCUGAGAGGACUGUCCAGUUUGCCUUGGCUAAGGCCUCAAUGGUGGAUGAUCUGCAGAAUAAGAAUCAAGAGCUAAUUAAACAGAUUGAGAUUUGUCAGGAAGAAAAUAAAAUUUUGGACAAAAUGCAUAGACAGAAGGUGGCAGAGGUUGAAAAACUCACCCAAACUGUGAGAGAACUAGAAGAGGCUGUCCUUGCAGGUGGUGCAGCUGCAAAUGCAGUGAGAGAUUAUCAGCGGAAAGUUCAAGAAAUGAAUGAAGAAAGAAAAACACUGGACAGGGAGUUGGCCCGGGCCAAGGUAACAGCAAACAGAGUAGCUGUUGUGGUUGCAAAUGAAUGGAAAGAUGCUAAUGAUAAAGUGAUGCCUGUCAAACAAUGGCUUGAAGAACGACGAUUCUUGCAGGGAGAAAUGCAGCAACUUCGUGACAAGCUUGCUAUAGUUGAGCGUGCUGCAAAAUCUGAAGCACAGUUGAAAGAAAAAUAUCAUUUACGACUUAAAGUACUAGAGGAGAGUUUGAGAGGAAAUUCUAACAGCAGUAAUCGUGGCACGCCAGAGGGAAGAAGUGUGAGCAAUGGUCGUCGUCAAUCCCUAGGCGGAGCUGAUAACUUCUCAAAACUAACCUCUAAUGGAUUUUUAUCUAAAAGAUCACCAUCUUCUCAACUGAGGUCAUCCCUAUCCUCAAGCACAGUAUUGAAGCAUGCUAAAGGAACAUCUAAAUCUUUUGAUGGUGGUACAAGAUCACUGGAAAGGAGCAAAUUGCUGCUGAAUGGAACACCUCCAAUUUACUCAUUCAACCAAUCUCUUGAAGAAACCAAAGAGAGAGAGGCAAGUGACAAUUGGAAAGGAAAUUCAGAUGAUAAGCCAAAUGACUUCCCAACGGUAGAUUCAGUGGAUAGUGUUCCUGGUGUUUUAUAUGACCUGCUGCAAAAGGAAGUCAUAACCUUGAGGAAAGCUGGUCAUGAGAAAGAUCAAAGCCUAAAAGAUAAAGACGAUGCUAUUGAGAUGUUAGCAAAGAAGGUAGAUACAUUGACCAAAGCAAUGGAAGUUGAGGCUAAGAAGAUGAGAAGGGAAGUAGCAGCUAUGGAGAAGGAGGUAGCUGCAAUGCGUGUUGAGAAAGAACAAGAGAACAGAGCAAAGCGGUUCAGCAAUGUAAAGGGUGCUGUAAACAGUGCUCAUCAACAGCUAAUUUCUGGAAGAAAUGUGACAAGGGGUGGAUUGACACGCAGCACCCAAUGA